AUGACGGUCAACCCACACACCCUCACGCUGUCCACCGCUCUCGAAGCUCGCUAUUCGCCCUCUGGCGAGAAGUGUGCUAUCUGCCAGGAGUCAUUAGAGGAUGUGCCUCCUGUCUACGAUUCAACAGAUGAACAUACACCCGACACGAAUCACCAGGCUGGGAUGGAAGCCGUUAUCACCAAGGUCUGUGGCGACAAACACUUCUUCCACCGAACUUGCAUCGAGUCAUGGUGGAAGUCCGGUAACCCUCAUCUAAACACUUGCCCUAUCGAUCGUACACUUUGCUAUGGUGGCGUACGUGUACCCCAGGAGCCCGUCAAUCUUCCUACGUAUACUACAUUCCCAGGCCAUGACCCGCAUGCACACGGUACCGUUCACAUAGGACGUCUUUCAGCUGAUGAUUUGAACUUCAUUACCAGCGCACGAAACCAGGCAUUCAUCUCAAUGCUCACUCCGCAUCAGGUCAUUACGAUCGGUCCACUCGUGGGCAAUCUGCUUGAAAGUGCGAUCGAGACUGUGCAGAGACGUACAUCGGAGCUUGCUAACGAAGUUACGAUCGACUGCUAUCUGGAUGCUCGCGACCUUGCGGAAGGGCUGGCCGCAGGUUACAUCACGCGCGAAGAUAUAGAUUUGGCCAACAGCAUCGCCGAGAAUAUAAUGAUCACGGCUGUGAACCGUAGCAUUGUGCCGGUUGGAGCGAGGGAAGGUGUGCAGGCUCCUUCCACUGCCGGUCCACAUAUUUCUGACGACAUGUUUGGGCAAACGGUAAGAACUGGAGCCGACGAAGCCGUUCCUAACCCCCAACGUGAUCAACUCGGCCACAAUGGUUUUGUGAUUCACAGGACUGUACGCCUCCAGCUACAAAUGCACGGGCCACAGCAUUACCUUGAUAGUAUCACUCAUAUGGUUGGCUUCUUCGACGAUGACCAAGAUGAUUCUGGUGGGGGUAACAUGGGUUAG